AUGGAUAUCGGUCACUCCCCGCAUUCACCCACGGAGUCCUCGGACACUGAAAAGGGUCAUCCCGCGGUCGACCUUGAGGAGAUAGGAGAGCGCGAAGGCUACCUCCUCGACACUUCACUCGCCCAAAACCAGAACCUACAAACCACGGAGGAUGGUCGCACGGUGCUCAUCCCGCAGCCUAGCAGCUCUCCGAAUGACCCCCUCAAUUGGCCAUCGUUCAAAAAACACCUUAUCCUGGUGAUCAUAUCCGUGACGGCGUUCCUGCCGGACUAUGGAAGUGCUACGGGUGCGGUGACGCUGAUCCAACAAGCUGAACAAUGGAAUAUGACACAAGACUAUGUGAACCAUUCGCAGGUCGGCAAUGUAUUUAUGCUGGGAGCUGGUGGUCCCUUUGUCGUCGCUCUGGCUGCGUACUUUGGCCGUUUACCGGUGUUGUUCUACUUCGUGGUGAUUGCGCUCGCUACUGCUGUCUGGUGCGCUGCGGCGCAAUCGUUUGAGUCCUUCAUGGCUGCCCGUAUCCUAAACGGAUUCUUCUCCACGGUUACACAGGGAGGUGGCCUCAUGUUCGUCAAAGACAUGUUCUUUCUGCACGAGCAGGCGCGCAAGAUCAACAUCUGGUCCGGGUUUAUCGUUUGUUCGCCUUACCUGGGCCCGAUGUUCGCGGCCUUCAUCACGAAUACCCAGAUCUGGCGGUGGGCCUUCGGUGUGUAUGCCAUCGAAACCGGACUUUGCUUGAUCGCAAUCAUCCUAUUCGUUGAGGAAACCUACUAUGAUCGCAAGACGAAACAGCCGGAACUAGUUCCGAACGGUCCGCGCUGGCAGCGUUUGCUGGGAAUCCAGCAGCGUCGUACCGGGUAUAUAAUCAAUUCACCGAAAGAUGCAGUCAUGCGCCCGAUCACCAUGAUCUUGAAGCCGGUCGUGUUUCUGUCUACGAUUUACUAUUGUCUGACGUUCGCCUGGGUGGUGGGCAUCAACACUACGCUUUCUAUAUUCGUUGGCCCGCUGUACGGAUUCGGCCCGAAGCAAAUCGGAUUCUUCUACUUUACCCCUGUGGUGGCGGCUAUCCUCGGCGAACUGGCCGGGCAUUGGCUUCAUGACUACCUCGCAGCUUUCGCAACCAGACGGAACAAAGGUCGUCUGGAGCCCGAAGCCCGUCUCCUCGCUAUUUGGGUCGCGACACCCUUCAUGAUCGCCGGCCUCAUCCUCCUUGGGUUCGCCCUGGAAGGCGCGUACCACUACAUGCUCGCCGCACUGGGAUGGGGCUGCUACGUCUUCGGGAUCAUGAUCGUCACCGUUGCGACCAACGCCUACGUCCUUGACAGCUACCCAGAGGCGAGCGGCGAAGUGGCCGCGUGGAUCAACUUCGGUCGUACCGCCGGUGGAUUUAUCGUAAGCUACUUCAUGGUCGAGUGGUCCAAUAAGCAGGGCGCCCGAAGGCAGUUCGGUACCAUGACCGGGAUCAUCGUGUUUUCCUUCCUGAUCAUACUGCUGUUGCAAGCGACAGGGAAGAAGAUGCGUCUUUGGGCUGGUCCGGCGAAUUUCAAAACAGGCUGA